AUGGAUGUCGAUCUCCGGCUUCUUGUGAACCGCCUCCGCCGCCGCCACAAGAAAAGUUUCUGGCACACCCGCACACCCGUGACAAGCCCCCAUCAGCGACUGAUCCGACUGCCAGUCCGCAGGCGGCAUUACCUUCUCGAAGUUGGCAAUGCCCCAAUUGAGAACGUGGCCGAUAUGAACAACGGUCCAACAUCAGGGCUACCAAAUUUGACUAAAGUCGAAGCGGAAACGCUUGGCACCACUGACAGAGACUGUGCGUCUUCAUGGCCCGAUGGGUUUGACGGACAUUUCGAAGUCCGCCCCCAAACUUCUCAGCCUGUCACUGGCGCCGCCCAAUCCCGUAUUCACAUACUGCCGUGGCCGAUCGCUUAUUGGGUUUCCGCCGCGUGUCGGUCAAUGGGUACUCAAUAUGCCACGGCGCCUGCUGGAGAUGACCUUUCGCUAGUGACUGUGAUAUUCAAAGACAUAUUCUACUACGUACCGGCAUCUGGCAGUAGCGUUCUCUUGCAAGCGCGUUCGGGAGAAGGUUUUUUGAAGAAGCUUCCUGAACAGCACGAGCAACACGUUGCGCAGCGCGGCGAAUUCCGUUGUCAUUACGACGCUAAUGAUUCGCUUGAGAACACGCUCUGGUCCUCAAGACUCGAGCUAUCAUUGAUUAGCAGUAAGGAGACAAGUUGUUUGCUACCCAAGCAAGCCAAGGUACGAAAAGUAAUUAUCUUGGGCGGCGUUCCCAAGUUGCAGCACGCUACGUUAGCUGGCCCCGCUGCCUUCUGUCAGUUUUCGAACCGGCUCACGAACCGUUGGGCUUGCGCCCAAACCCAGUCCCUGUAUCCAUACCCGUACCUGGCACGCCUACUAAUACGUACGAAGUACGGAUACAUACUUGUAGAAGCUCAAGGACUUGGGCCGCCGAGUGGACCAGAAGACAGAACGGCUGAAAGGGGCAUUUGGCUCGUCCCAUUUCCCCCCUUCCCUACCAGACCCAUGAACUCAACCUUACUCCGAACAGAUACGGAUCUCUGGUCUUCGUAUGGGGUACCAUCACAAUUUCUGAGCCAAAUCUUCGCCCAGAGACAGUAUCACCACAUCGAACGACCUGAAGGCACGGCACAGCAUGCGGGCCGGUUGGCUAGGGUUCAAGCCCAAGCGAGGCAGAAGCUAUCCUCCAGGACCAUGGGACAGCUGCCGCUGGGCACCCUGUUAUUAAUCAGGCCAACAAGCAUGGGAUGGCAACCCUUAGGACGGUUCCGUUCAGGCCCCGUCAACGCGGUCAACAUCACAAAACCCCGCCCUGGCUUGCCAGCCUGGGUUCCCGACUGGCGCGCCUGCCAGGGCAAGAAGGCUGGGCCACUGAUGAAGGACUCUGGGCAGGCCAGGUGCCACUGUGCCUGGUCAAGAUCAGCAUCCCAAGAGUAAGGUACUUCGAACCCAGGUUGCGACAGUCAACUACAGGGAUCAUCACACCCUUUGGCAUUCCCUUGCCAUUCUCUUCUGCACCGUUGCCCUUGGCCCUUGUCCCAAGUUUGUCUCCUGGCCCAUCGCCUCCCCAGGUCGCAGGUGCUCCCGCACACGCUUGAUUUACCCCUGUGGUAUGCUCCAUCCCAUUCCACCAUGGCCCAGGAACCAACUCGACGGUGCCGUUAUCCUUGCCUCCCGCAUUGCAUCGCACCGCCGAGAACCAUCAACCGUUGCAAGCCUGAAGACAU